AUGGCAAAAUUGUUGGUAUAUAUUGCUUUUAUCAUUUAUUGUGGCCGAGCUGCCAACCAAGCAAACCAAGCAGCAGGAGUAAAUGGCGAAGUCGCGGAAAUUAUCACGGGUUAUAAUGUUGACAAGUUAUGGGAUGAUGGCUUAUUAAUACAAACAACGCAAGUAGAAGAAUCAAUGCUGCUGAAUUGUGAUAGAAUGGAAGAUGGAAGAGUGUCUAUUUUGGAAGAGAAACCAUUGCUGUUUGUGCGAAACACUCUUAAUUUGAUAAAGUGA